AAGCCCUUUGGUCGCCUCAUACCCAGAAAACACAAAAGAUAGGAAAGACCAAAGAAAAAAAAAAUAAAGAUAUAGAGAUAGAGAGAGAUAGAGAGAGAGAAAAGCAAAAACCUCUGAGAGACCACAGAAAGAGAAGAAGAAGAGGAAAUUGCUUGCCGUCGAUGUUUCGAGCUUCUGCGACUCCGGUGUAAAGCCAUAAGCGGCGAGAAAGACGAAAGCGAAGGAGAGAGAGAGCUUGGAGCCUGAAUCGGAGACAAAUUUGAGUGAGAUAAGAGACCAAAAGAAAGGAAUCAAGUGGAGUUUUACCGAGGCGAGCUUUGAGCUUUUUUUUUCUGAGGUGGAUUUGGUGGAUAUCGUUUGCUUUGAGUCUUAUUUGGUAUCAGAUGAAACAGAUCUGAAGGUAUGGCGAGUUCGGAGGUUUCAAUGAAAGGUAAUCGUGGAGGAGAUAACUUUUCCUCCUCCGCUUUUACUGACCCAAAGGAGACUACUAGAAAUGUCUCCGUCCCCGGCGAGGGGCAAAUUAGUCAUUCUACCCGAUCUGAGCGUGCUGUCGACCCUGAAGCUGCUCUUUACAGAGAGCUAUGGCACGCUUGUGCUGGUCCGCUUGUGACUGUUCCUAGACAAGAUGACCGAGUCUUCUAUUUCCCUCAAGGACAUAUCGAGCAGGUGGAGGCAUCGACGAACCAGGCAGCAGAACAGCAGAUGCCUCUCUAUGAUCUUCCGUCAAAGCUUCUUUGUCGAGUUAUUAAUGUAGAUUUAAAGGCAGAGGCAGAUACAGAUGAAGUUUAUGCGCAGAUUACUCUUCUUCCUGAGGCUAACCAAGACGAGAAUGCAAUUGAGAAAGAAGCGCCUCCUCCUCCACCCCCUAGGUUCCAGGUCCACUCGUUCUGCAAAACCUUGACUGCAUCUGACACUAGUACGCACGGUGGAUUUUCUGUUCUUAGGCGCCAUGCGGAUGAAUGUCUCCCACCUCUGGAUAUGUCUCGACAACCACCAACUCAAGAGUUAGUUGCAAAGGAUUUGCAUGCAAAUGAGUGGCGAUUCAGGCAUAUAUUCCGAGGUCAACCACGGAGGCAUUUGCUUCAAAGUGGAUGGAGUGUGUUUGUUAGCUCCAAAAGGCUAGUUGCAGGCGAUGCGUUUAUAUUUCUAAGGGGAGAGAAUGGAGAACUAAGAGUGGGUGUAAGGCGUGCGAUGAGACAACAGGGAAAUGUGCCAUCUUCUGUUAUAUCUAGCCAUAGCAUGCAUCUUGGAGUACUGGCUACCGCAUGGCAUGCCAUUUCAACUGGGACUAUGUUUACAGUCUACUACAAACCAAGGACGAGCCCAUCUGAGUUUAUUGUUCCGUUUGAUCAGUAUAUGGAGUCUGUGAAGAAUAACUACUCCAUAGGCAUGAGAUUUAAAAUGAGAUUUGAAGGCGAAGAGGCUCCUGAGCAGAGGUUUACGGGCACAAUCGUUGGGACUGAAGACUCUGACCCCACUAGGUGGCCAAAAUCAAAGUGGAGAUCCCUCAAGGUGAGAUGGGAUGAGACUUCUAGUAUUCCUCGACCUGAUAGAGUAUCUCCGUGGAAAAUAGAGCCAGCUCUUGCUCCUCCUGCUUUGAGUCCUGUUCCAAUGCCUAGGCCUAAGAGGCCCAGAUCUAAUAUAGCACCCUCAUCUCCUGACUCUUCGAUGCUUACUAGAGAAGGCACAGCUAAAGCAAACAUGGACCCUUUACCAGCAAGCGGACUUUCAAGGGUCUUGCAAGGUCAAGAAUACUCGACCUUGAGGACGAAACAUACUGAGAGUGUAGAGUGUGAUGCUCCUGAGAAUUCUGUUGUGUGGCAAUCCUCUGCGGAUGAUGAUAAGGUUGACGUGGUUUCAGGUUCUAGAAGAUAUGGAUCUGAAAACUGGAUGUCCUCAGCCAGGCAUGAACCUACUUACACAGAUUUGCUUUCCGGCUUCGGGACUAGCAUAGAUCCAUCCCAUGGUCAGCGGAUUCCUUUUUAUGACCAUUCAUCGUCACCUUCUAUGCCUGCAAAGAAACUAUCAAGUGAUCCAGAGGGCAAGUUUGAUUUUCUUGCUAACCAGUGGCAGAUGAUGCACUCUGGUCUUUCUCUGAAGUUACAUGAAUCUCCCAAUUUACCUGCAGCAAGUGAUACCUCUUUCCAAGGGCGAGGCAAUGGUAAAUUCAGCGAAUAUCCGGUGCUUAAUGGUCUAUCUACCGAGAAUACUGGUGGUAACUGGCCAAUACGUCCACGUGCUUUGAAUUAUUUUGAGGAAGUGGUUCAGGCUCAGGCACAAGCUCAAGCUCAGGCUAGGGAGCAAGUAACGAAACAACCUAUGACGAUACAAGAGGAGACAGCAAAGUCAAGAGAUGGGAACUGCAGGCUCUUUGGCAUUCCUCUGAACAACAACAUGAAUGGGACAGAUUCUACGGUGUAUCAGAGAAACAAUUUGAAUGAUGCUGCGGGGCUUACACAGAUUGCAUCACCAAAGGUCCAGGAUCUUUCUGAUCAGUCAAAAGGGUCAAAAUCGACAAACGAACAUCGCGAACAGGGAAGACCAUUCCAGACUAAUUAUCCUCAUCCGAAGGAUGCUCAUGCAAAAACCAGCUCAAGUAGGAGUUGCACGAAGGUUCACAAGCAGGGAAUCGCACUUGGCCGUUCAGUGGAUCUUUCAAAGUUCCAAAACUAUGAGGAGUUAAUCGCUGAGCUGGACACGCUGUUUGAGUUCAAUGGAGAGUUGAUGGCUCCUAAGAAAGAUUGGUUGAUAGUUUACACAGAUGAUGAGAAUGAUAUGAUGCUGGUUGGAGACGAUCCUUGGCAGGAGUUUUGUUGCAUGGUUCGCAAAAUCUUCAUAUACACUAAAGAGGAAGUGAGGAAGAUGAACCCAGGGACUCUAAGCUGUAGGAGCGAGGAAGAAGCAGUCGUUGGGGAAGGAUCAGAUGCAAAGGACGCCAAGUCUGCAUCAAAUCCUUCAUUGUCCAGCGCCGGGAACUCUUAAACAGAAAAAACCAGCAGCCCUUUUGCUACAAGCCGAGGAGGAGGGUCAUUUGGUGGAGACUGGAGAGCAAAAUGGGAUGAUGGGUUUAUAAGAUAUGAUAUUAAAAAUGCAAUUUUUGAAGUAUUUUGUUGGCCAUUUAGAUUAUUAGCAUCUCCCACCACCCCCUAUUAUAUCUAAUAAUAUAAUCUAUAUAUAUAUAUAUAUUAUAAAGUAAACAUAAAAAAAGGUUACAGGUAUUAUAUAGUAGAAUAUGAAAGGCUCUUUUAUUAAGUAGAAAUGUGGUGUGGAGUUGUGUAGAUGGAGGCUGGUAUCGGUUCUUGUUCUAUGUAUUUUCUUUCUUCUUUCAUCCAAAGAUCUUUUUAAGUCUUUCUAUUGUUUAUAUAUAUUAAUCCAAUGUACAUAAGUU